UAGAACUUACGGAGCGCCCCUUCAGAAACUGUCGUCCAUUGCUACUGUGAUGCACUUUGACGAGGUCUCCUUGCAAGAGUGGUGGCAAAAGGAGCGUGAAAAGGAGCUACUAGGAGCUGAGGUCAAAAAAAGUGGCAAAGGAAGAUCAAACUCGAGAUACAUCGCCACUAUUUUUUCAUACAUGGCGCCAUCAGUCAGGAUGAAGGUCGGAUCCAUGCUGCUGACCAUUGUCAGCAUUCAGACACUAACAUGUUCUGCCAGGCCUCUCCUCCUAGAAUCAGUGUCUUCAAAUCGAGAGCUGCUUCAGUCACAAGCAUGCCCCGCUCCAAUGACACAGUGUUAUACCACACCGUACCAGCCCCAGUAUUACUGCUGUGACUCGUCUCAGAACUUGGACUGCUCAGGCGGAGCUGACUUCCAAUGCAGGAAGUUCCUAGAAGGAGACGCCCUGGUCCCUGCAUCACUUAUCCCAGACCUUGGUCUUGGCCCCAAGACUCCUGAGCCUACCUCAGCUCCCGCUGUUACCCCAGCCCCUACUACCGCAGCCAAGAGCUCUUCUGCCUCAGACACUAUCGCACAAACUACCGCCCCAACCAACCCCCCCCAGAAUCCUGCACCCACCAACCCUCCCCAGAAUCCUUCACCUACCAACCCCCCGCAAAAUCCUUCACCUACCAACCCCCCCCAGAAUCCUUCACCUACCAACCCUCCCCAGACCCCAGCCCCAACCAAUCCGCCUCAGAUCGUCACUGCCGUAAGUGCUCCAGGGGGCUGGACCACUGGAAUCGCCACUUUCUUUGGAGGCCCUGGAGCUUUCACUGGUGGGAACUGCGGGUACGGGCCCAUCGUCCCAGCAAACGACUAUGUCGUGGCCCUCCCGAACCACCUGUACUACAGCAAUGCUGGAUGCGGUAGCUGCUACGAAGUCAAGUGCGUCGCCCCGAGCACACUUCCAUUCAUCAUCGGCGGAGUGGAGGGCGGCAACGCCUGCAAGACGGACAAGUCGAUCAUCGUCUACGCCUCAGACAGGUGCCCCGAGUGUGAUGAUUACCGUGGCGAUUGCACCCUAAAAGGAUUCUGUCCGGCGGCUGGUGGCUACAACUCCGACCCUAGCCAUGGCACCCACAUUGACAUUGGACAGCCUGCUUGGAACCUCAUCGGCAAAGUGAACGCUGGGAUCAUCACGGUUGCCUUCAGACAGGUCACAUGCCCUCCAUUCGGCCAGCUUGGGUUACAAAACUGAAGAAAGCCCGAACCACAUCGGUUCACCUAGAGACAUCCGUGGGGGAUGCAUUGGAAAGCCGCUUCCCUCUGCCGGACUUCGUUCUGGCGGCGCGCAUUCACAACGGUACUUCAGACGGGCGCUAUUUAUUGGGGCUUCCGUGGCAGCCUUGAUGGAGGGAGUCAUUUAUCAGUAGCUUCUAUCGGGAAUCUGCUGUACCAUAGGUAUUCUGAUUCUUUGUACAAUAGUACAACAAGGGGACGUACAGUUCAGCAUCUGCUGAUCUGACCGAGCAAUCCACGUACAUUCAUACCAAGCCUCUAGGAGUUGAGGCAGUUCCCUUGUGAUCAUUUUCAUAGAAGUGAGGGCAAUAGCUUAGUUGCCAAAGUUUUCUAGCCGAGGGGAUGAUUCAAUGAACAUCGGAAGAGGGGCCAACAAUUUGGCACCAAAAAGUCACGGAACAUUCUGCUUCCAUCACCAAAAAGGACUUCUCCACAGCACGUGUUCCUGCGUUAUCUACCU